GUCACUCAGUUUUUCUGGUUUUGUUUUUAUUUGGCCAUCGAAGAAAAUCGCAAAUCUGCAAAGAUGCAGAAGUACGACAAAAUGGAGAAGAUAGGCGAGGGCACCUAUGGCACGGUGUUCAAGGGGCGCAACCGGGACACCAUGGAGAUCGUGGCGUUGAAGCGGGUGCGCCUGGACGAGGACGACGAGGGCGUGCCCAGUUCGGCACUUCGAGAGAUUUGCCUUCUGAAGGAGCUGAAGCACAAGAACAUUGUGCGACUGAUAGACGUCCUGCACUCGGACAAGAAGCUGACCCUGGUCUUUGAGCACUGCGACCAGGACCUGAAGAAGUACUUCGACAGUCUGAACGGGGAGAUUGACAUGGCGGUGUGCCGCAGUUUCAUGCUGCAGUUGCUCCGCGGUCUAGCAUUCUGCCACAGCCACAACGUCCUGCAUCGCGACCUUAAGCCACAAAACCUGCUCAUCAACAAAAACGGAGAACUGAAGCUGGCCGAUUUUGGCCUUGCCCGUGCUUUUGGCAUUCCCGUCAAGUGCUAUUCCGCCGAGGUGGUGACCCUAUGGUACAGGCCGCCCGACGUUUUGUUUGGCGCCAAGCUGUACACCACCAGCAUCGAUAUGUGGUCAGCGGGAUGCAUUCUGGCCGAACUGGCCGAUGCUGGACGACCUUUAUUUCCGGGCUCCGAUGUGCUGGAUCAGCUUAUGAAAAUAUUCCGGGUGCUGGGUACCCCCAACGAAGAUUCCUGGCCGGGUGUCUCGCACCUCUCCGACUACGUGGCGCUUCCCUCAUUUCCGGCCAUCACAUCGUGGAGCCAACUAGUGCCCAGACUUAACUCCAAAGGUCGUGAUUUGUUGCAGAAACUGCUAGUCUGCCGGCCAAAUCAGCGGAUCAGUGCGGAGGCCGCCAUGCAGCAUCCGUACUUCACGGACAGCACAUCCUCUGGUCACUGAAACUUGAUGGACUUCGAGUUGGAUUAGCCUUAAGCCAAAUACCUAAUCUUGUGCAGCUAUGGAUGUGCGUAGUGUCCUCCCAGGUCUUCGAUUAAUGCCUAAGCAGUAGGUUUCGGUUAAAAGGUGAAACUUUCUAAGCAAUUUUGAAAUUUUUUUAUAAAUACUUAAAAAGUUUGCUUUACUUAAAGAGCUUGUAUUUCUAAUUCUAAAUCUUUUUCAAAAUGUUAUCUUUUAUUAUAAGAUUCCGCUUAACCGAUUUCUACUGUACGUAGUUGUGUGUGAACCAAAGGGAGUAUCUCCGGAUAUAAAUUAUUUUAGAGCCCCAAGCUGGAGGCAGUCAUCUAAGAAUUUAGUACCUUAAGAUCUAUUAAUUCAGAUUUUAUCUAGUUUUCUUGUACGAAUAAAAAGCCACUUACCUGGA